AUGUUCCUUGUACUGAGUAUAGUCCUCUUCCUUCUCCCACCUUACUCAGGAGCCGAGAAUCUUGAUGAAUUCUGUCCACCAAAAAGAUGCAGCCCAAAAGGACCAGUAAUUAGAUACCCCUUCCGACUCAAAACUCAACCACUCUUCUGUGCCCAUGAAGGAUUUGAAUUGUCUUGCUCAAAUAACAAGACAUUGUUGCACCUUCCUUCCUCUGGCGAUUACUAUGUGCAGAAAAUUAAUUAUUCUUCCCGCUCGAUUACAAUUAUGGAUGUGCAGGAGACCGCAUGCCCAAUACAAAGUCUUCUAGCCCCUAACCUCAAUAACUAUAGAUUCUAUGUUCCCUAUCCAGAAGAACUCACAAUAUUCAACUGCACCAACAGGAUUCAAAACAUCAGUAGUUAUUACAGUGUAGUUGGACCUAUUAGUUGCCUCAGUUAUGACAGAAAAUUUGUUUAUGUAAUGAGUUCAUUCGAAUAUUCAGAUGAAAUUCUGCCCUUAAAUUGUAGAAAAUACAAAGCGGUUGAAAGUACUAUAGUUUGGACUUCGGCGGAUGCUACUGGAGGGACUUCCACAAAUCCAGCAAUCGAAAUAGGAUGGAAACCUCAUAAAGAAUGUGAUAAAUGCGAAGGUUCAGGAGACUACUGCGGGUUCAAUACUAAAGGAAUUCUGUAAUGUGUUGCAAACAUGACAAUCCAAAAUUCUGUUUCAACUA